CUAGACACCGCCCGCCUUGUCCUCCACUGCGCCACCACCAUCGCUAUCCCAUUCCCAUUCCUUCCUGCCCGGGCUCGAUCACUUGGCGCGCACCAUCACGCCGCACGCCUACUCCACGCGCCGCCCAGAGCUGUGCGAGCGGUUGGGGGUGCUGGUCGACGGUGCAUGCGCGGGGAUGGACACGCCGACGUCGUCGACGUGGGAGGAGGGCUCGCAGUCCGACUACGCCGACUUCGACGACGAUGACAUGCCGCAGCGGGGCGGCGGACUGCGAGCGCUAAACCUCCGCCGCGACGACGAGCACGACGAUGCCGCCUCCGACGUGUCCUCCGAGUGCAGCGGGGAGCCCGGGAGCCCGUACGGGUCGCCGUACCCACGCUGGCCGGUGUGCAAGCUGGCGGCGCGGAUGCCACCGCCGGUGCCGCUGCUGCAGAGGCUCGGCACGGAGACGCGCCGCGGCGGCCCGCGUGACCGGAAGGCCGGUUGCACCGAGUUGCAGCUGAUGAAGGAGAGGCUCUCCAAGCUCCUGCUCGGGGAGGACAUGUCCGGCGGCGGCAAGGGCGUCUCCACCGCCGCGGCCAUCUCCAAUGCCAUCACCAACCUCUACGCCACCGUUUUCGGGAGCUGCCACCGGCUGGAGCCACUGCCGGUGGAGAAGAAGUCGAUGUGGCGGCGGGAGAUGGACUGCCUGCUCUCGGUCUGCGACUACAUCGUCGAGUUCUUCCCGUCCAAGGACAUCCUUCCCGACGGCACGACCCGAGAGGUGAUGGCGACGAGGCCGAGAUCCGACAUCUACGUCAACCUCCCGGCCCUCGAGAAGCUCGACGACAUGCUGCUCGAGAUCCUGGACGGCUUCCAGAAGACGGAAUUCUGGUACCUCAACGACAAGGCGCACAAGGACAGCUGCGACGACUCGGCGCCGUGCCGUCCGGCGAGCCACCGCGGCGAGGAGCGGUGGUGGCUGCCGGUGCCGUGCGUCACCAAGUCCGGGCUGAAGGAGUCCGCCCGGCGGGACCUGCGGCAGAAGCACGACUGCGCGAGCCAGAUCCACAAGGCGGCAAUGGCCAUCAACAACGGCAUCCUCGCCGAGAUCAAGAUCCCAGAAUCGUACACGCAGACGCUUCCCAAGUGCGGGCGGGCGAGCGUGGGCGACGCCAUCUACCGGGGCAUGUCGUUCCCGGGCAAGUUCUCGCCGGAGUACCUGCUGGACUGCCUGGAGAUAUCGUCGGAGCACGAGGCGGUGGAGGCGGCGGACCGCGUGGAGGCGGCGAUGCACGUGUGGCGGCGCAAGGCGGGCCACGGUCACGCGAGGUCGCCGUGGGGCGCCGUCAAGGACCUCAUGGAGUCGGACAAGAACGUGAUGCUGGCGAGCCGGGCCGAGGACGCCCUGCUCUGCCUCAAGCACCGCUUCCCCGGCCUCUCCCAGACCACGCUCGACGCCAGCAAGAUACAGCACAACAAGGACGUCGGGCAGGCCGUCCUGGAGAGCUACUCCAGGGUGCUGGAGAGCCUGGCGUACACCAUAGUGACAUGUAUAGACGACGUUCUUUUCGCCGACGAGUCGGCGAGGAAGAUCUGAUGAUGAUCAUUUCUUCAUCCUGCCUGGACCUGGACCAGAAAACAAAAAUACUGGUCCAUACAUCCAUCCAACAAUAUGUACAUUAUGCCAUAACAUGUAGUGGUAGUACGCUAAUGGAAGAUAGCAGCAUGAGCACAGUAGGCUACUCCCCAAGCAUUGCUAUGUUUGGGGCUACAUUCAUUCCCAUGGUCCAUCACUUACAUUGCACUCUCUAUCAUGACAAUGGAUGCCAUAGAGUACAGUAUCACUGUUGGUAGUACUUGUAAGCAAAGGUAGAAGUUUGGCAAGGACCAAAAUGUAAAAUGUAUCGUGUACUUAUCUAACUCUGAGAAGGAAUGGAGAGUGUUCGAUAGCCUUCCAGAAAAUUGCCAGUCCAUAGCCUUCCAUUUCUCUUGUGAGUUUACUGUAGCGCAGGAAAUCUCAGGCGAUAGUCCGGCGAAUCCAACAUGGCAUCAGAGCUUGGGGAUGAUUCGGCCGUCGGUGGAUGUGCCGGUGGCGCUGGGCCGUGCUGAGGCAGUGGAAGCACUGAAGGGGAGCUGUUGAAGCCGGUCCCUGGAGGUGUGCGGCGGCGAAUCGGCGAGCAGCAGGAGGCGGACGUGCGCUGCUUGAAUCGGUGGCUCCGGCGGCUACCGGCGCUGGCAACAGAGAGGUUGCGUGGUGAGGGCAGCGCGUGCUGAUGGUAGAGGCAAGCUGCGGGCGUGCGGGGCUGCGCGUACAACAGGGAGGAGGUCUCACUAGCAGCUAGGAACAGCGGCACAGGUGCGAGUAGGAAGAGCAGUGCCUGGUGCCUCACGCAGGAGGAGAGGAGCGUGCGGCCAGGAGUGGUCGGAGUGCUGCUCUCGGAAGGUACAGGAUUUGGGCGCAGCGUGCGCACACGAGCAGAGAAGAAGGUCUCAUUCUGUUCGUGACUGCUGCAGCAGAGAAAGCAGACAGAGAAGCAGGGGAGAGACAGAGAGCUCCAAAGCUUGCUGUGCUGCAAGAGGAGAGGAGCAAGAAGAAAUUGAACCUAUAUUCAGACUCAGUGCGUGUUUUGGCUGGUUGGUCUGAAGAGAAGCAGUUGACAGCCGGACUACACAAUUUGGAGAAGGUAGCUUGAAGACGAGUCUCGGUUCAACAAUGGAAGUGAGAAGGAACACUAACUGUGGUGUUUACUCAUUUGGUACUAGAGGUGGAUAUUGCAGCGUAGUUGAUGGAGUCACUGCUACAAGGGACGAUGGUUCAGGUAGAGGUAAAGGAUGUGGUAGUGGUACUGCAAAAUCAUGGCAGCGAGAAGGGGAUUGGCUGUGUCCAAAUACAAGAUGUCAGAAUGUAAAUUUUGCAUUCCGAGGUGUCUGUAAUCGCUGUCGGGUAGCACGCCCUGCUGAUGUUAGUGCAAUGGGGACAACUAAAAAUGGUGAAAAAUCUCAGACUCUUACUGUCCAAAUGACUACCGAUGAGUUGAAGAAGUGGCUUCAGUUCAAGGAAGGAACCAUUGAUGAAAGGUCAACAACCAAGAUAUUUGCUACAUCUGCUAACCCCUAUGGUGAUACUUCGAAAUUUGUGAAAGGAAGUUAUUUUGAGGCUGGUACACAGUGGUUAAUAGACUCUGGUGCGUCUAAACAUAUGGCCGGUUCGUAUAAGGAUUUCUGCAGUUAUACUCCUGAUUUUACAGGGCAAAAUGUUAGACUUGCUGAUGGUUCUGGCCAGAGUAUUAGGGGGGUAGGAACAGUUAAAUGUUGCCCAGAUAUGACUCUAUCAUCUGUUUUACAUGUUCCCUCAUUCCCAAUCAAUUUGCUAUCCAUCAGCUGCAUUACAAGAGAACUCAAUUGUGCUGUAAUCUUCUUCCCAACAUGGUGUUUAUUUCUGGAACUUGGGACAGGAAAAAAGCUUGGAUCAGGAAUUAUGCGAGAUGGUCUAUACUAUCUAGAUGAUGAUAUGGCACCUGAUAUGGCACCUGUGGCUGCUAUUGUUCUGUCUCAGUCAUCAUUGCAAGAAUUUCUUCUUCAUCAUCGCAGGCUGGGACACAUGUCCUUUAACACCCUGGGUCAGUUGUAUCCUAACCUAUAUAAUAAAAUUUGCAAGGAAAGUCUAGUAUGUGACGCCUGCCAGUACGGGAAGCUAACCCGUAGUAUAUAUAUUUCAUCUGAUCACAGAAGUACAGUGCCAUUUCAAACUAUCCACUCAGAUGUAUGGGGUCCUAGUGGGGUGUGGUCACUUUAUGGAUACAAAUCAUUUGUUACAUUCA